GAGACAGACUCGCGCUCGCUCGCGCUCGCUCGCGCUCCUGGGCUGGGUUGCGCUACAGUCAGACGUAGGAUACUUCCCACAACAAACACAGGCGGAUACGCACGCUGACAAGCCUCUUUGGAAAGACACGACAGAAAUACUUGUUUGGACCAAGCAUGGGGGCGGAAGACAAGACAAACACAUGUGGGACUAUCUGCCUGAAAUAUCUACUCUUCACAUUCAACUUUAUCUUUUGGUUGGCAGGGGGUGCUGUGGCUGCAGUGGGUGUGUGGACCUUGGUGGAUAAGAGCGAGUACAUCAGCCUGCUGGCCUCCAGUGCGUACUCUGCCUCUGCUUACGUCCUCAUCUUGGCAGGGGUUGUUGUCGUGGCAACAGGAAUACUUGGUUGUUGUGCCACCAUUAAGGAGCACAAGGGAUUCCUGAUAGUGUACUUCAUCCUGCUCCUGUUUAUUUUCCUGUUGGAGAUCACGGCUGGGGUGUUGGCGUAUGUCUACUACCAGGAGUGUUUCCCUCUCUGCUAUCAGCUGAGCGAUGAGCUGAGAGUGAACCUGAAGGAGACUAUGGUGAAUAAGUAUGAUCAGCCUGGUCAGGAGCAUGUCACUAAGGCAGUGGACAAACUACACCAGGAUCUGAAGUGCUGUGGCAGUAUCAACUACACUGAUUGGAGGGAUGGGGCAUGGAUCAAGGAUCGGGCUGGUGAUAGGGUGGUUCCUGACAGCUGUUGCAAGACCCCAUCAGAUCACUGUGGGCGUAGACACCACCCUUCCAACAUCUACAAUGUGGAGGGAGGCUGUAUUGGUAAGUUGGAAGAGUUCCUGCUGCAGCACCUGCAGAUUCUGGGAGGCGUUGGCAUCGGCCUUGCCUUCAUCCAGCUGGUGGGGAUGAUAUUCACCUGCUGUCUUUACCAAAGCCUGAAGGAGGACCCCUACUGACCCUUCCAGAAUGUGGACAACCCCCUUUUCUGGAGCAUUCUCUUUGUCUGAAUGUGUUGUGUACAUAACAAAAAGGAAGAUGAAGGAAAAGAUGGGCCAGCAUGAAUAAGCAAAUCCAAAUCCCCAAGCAGAAAGAGGAGAAGCCUUGGAGGAAAAUGAAACAUUGUUGCUGCUGGACGACUAAUCACGCUUUCUGUAACUUUAAAUAAAAAAUUCCCCUUUUGCUAUCAGACAUGUAAGGCUGCUUAACAGGAAUAAUUUCUAAAUAGGUAAUGAGAGACAGCAAUGGACUCUAUGCACGACUACAUUUUGGAUUUCCUUCCUAUUGGGCAGUCAACUUCCUGUUUAUACUGUACACAGUAGGCUAUGACAGAAAAUGACAGAUUACUAGCCUGUCAGUUUAUUUAUACAGUAGUAGGCUAUUUCUUAUUGAACAACAUACAGUAGCUUAAGUUAUCCAACCAGUUCAGUAACAUUAGUUGCUUGAUUAAGGUUAAGAUCAUUUUAAUCCCUUUUCAUGUUUGCUGGAGGGAGUGGCACACAACAUUUUCACAAAGUUGGUCUACAUUGCAAUGAGACGAGGUCCUGAAAACAAUAACUAUAGAAAAAAAGCCAUAUUUGCCAAUAUUUUAACGUAAA